AUGGUUAAUGAUAUAUCUGUUGAAUGCAAUAAUUCGAUUAAUGAUAAUGAUAUAUCAGAUGAAUAUAAUAACCUGAUUAAUAAUAAAGAUUAUCUGGUUAAUAAAUAUAAAGAUGGCUGGGUUAAUAAUGACGAUAACCUGGAAGCUAUAAAAAGUCUUAUUACAAUACUUGAACCGUUUGCAGAGGCUACUGAUUUAUUAGGAGAAAUAAAUUAUGAUAAUGAUGAAAGCGCUUUUAAUAAUGAUCAAAUAGAUGUUAAGUCGAAUAUUCCUUAUGAUUGUUCAAAUAUUGAAAAAAGAGUAAGAAUGGCAUUGUACAAUGCUAUUAAGCAUUAUUGA